CAUUUCGCUUGUUAUUUCUUGCUCUUAUAGAGUCGAUAAUGAAAUGCUUUGCUUCGGUUCAUUCAAGAAUCUUAUAUUAUGACGUGUCAUUAGGAAAGCAUUUGCUGAACAUGAAGUAAAGAAUCACUAUUUCAAUUCAAUGCCUGCCUUGUUUGUCAGUAUCAAUCGAGAGCAUCUAGUAUUGAAGGAAUACUGCGCAUAUAUUUUUAUCGAAUGUGAAUAUUCAUAAAUGUUUAGACUGGUUUAAGCAACAAGAUCAUCUACAUAAAGUAUUUCUAGCUUCUAAUUUACUUGAUUGCUCAUAUAAUGCUCAUAAUAGGACAAAGAUUUUUUUUGAAAUGCGCUUCCGCUCAUCCAUUACCGUUUCUCGAUUUUCACCCAUAGGUUAAUUUUAGCUGCUCCUAAUCAUUUAUGUACAAGCCUUUUGCUUUCGACCUUUGUAUACCACUUCCUCUAUUCGAACUUUUCUAAAAGUACCUGCUUCGUUUCUUUAAGCGAUUUGUUGCGUCACUGGCUGUUGUUUUGAUUAGGUGAUUUAUUUCAAUCUAUGUUUAGCCGGUGGUUUUUUGACUCAGCGAUACUUCAACUGUAAACUGAACUUUCUCUCGGCUCAGUUAUCGUUGUUUUAGGUUAGGGUCUGGUUGAUUCUAAAGUCAUACCAAGAUCAUCUUCACGAUGUUGUUUUAUCGUGUUUGUUUUGUUGCAUUAUCAGAUUGGAUUAUCAAAAAAAUCAGCAACUUGUGGUGUAAUUAUAAAAUAAUAUAAGCCAAUUCAAUAGCUUGGUUUCAGAUAGAAAAUUGGCCUAUCUUUCUUUGCCAUCUCGAUCAUCGAAGUUCGAACAUCGGUAGCACGAACUUGUCAAACUACCUGCAAAUCUCAAACAUCUGGAUGCCUCCAGCAAUGCAUUGCGUAAUGCUUGUUAGCUUGAUAUGUCAGAAGCCUUGUUGUCUCACAAGGAAGGUGAUAAAAGAAGGGCUUUAUAAUACGGGGUUUCCAGCAACAUACGCUCAAUUAUUGUUUCUGAAACAUUUUUCUGUAUUUAAUUGUAAGGCUUCCUAUGUCACGGACUCAGUUUAGUUAGGACACAGUCAUAAGCCAGGAAUUAACCAUGUUGUUAAUAGUGUUAUGGGGGUAUUGUGAAAAACUUUUAGAAAGCCAUGUUCAAAAUGGAAGUUUAAAUUCGCAAAAAGGAAGCGGUUGUUAAUUCUGUGUUGAUAUUCAAUUUUUCGAGAAGUGUUUCUUGAUUCUCUGAAAAUAGCUGUGAACGUCUUUUGUGAUCCGUUCCUUAUUAAGAUUGAAUGUAGUCCAUCCAGGGAGCUAUUUUCAAAGUACAACGUCAUUUCGAGGUGCUUAUUAGAACUAGCCUAUGGUGUACAAUAUAACAUAAUCCUUCGACUUUUUUCUAUUUGCUAUUCCUUAAUUCUUUACUCUACUUUUUGGAUAAUAUGUCACGUCACUACCAAUUUAUUUCUUUACUCUGGUAGUUCUUGUUUUGAUCUGAGAACAGGAUCUAUUGAUGUUUAUGUGCCAACCUCUCAGACAGUGUUUCUAUAGACACAUAAUGCAACGGGCUUUAUGUUUUUUAUGUCGUCUGCUUUAAGAAAAUAUUUCCGCUUUUGGUAAAUUUAUCAUUCCUAUAUUUAUACUACUAUUUUAGGCUCUGUUUCUUGUAACAAACAAGCCUCUUUAUGAUGUGUCUGGAUGGCUUAGUAUAGCUGAGCUAAAUUAGUAGAUACGAGGCACGUAUUACUGGCAGUUUUUGUAGCAUGAUACCACGAUGCUAGUUAUCUGAUCAAGUAUCAGGUAUAAUGGUAAUCGGGCGUAUUUGAAAAUAUUUACAUAAGUAGAUUGUUUGCUCUCUUUUUGUUUCUAAUAGCAGGUUUUUCAGUAAACGAAAUCAAAGCUGGUCUGAUUUGUUAUUAUAAAAAAUGCGAAAUACAAAGCUUACACCUGUUAGUUUCUCAAGUAAUUUUGGGAUCGUUUGAAAGGAGUACGCCCACGGGAUAAUGCGCGUGACAAGCGGAUGUUUUCCCGAUGACGAUAUCAAGGUUGUGUGUCACCACGACCCGCGGUUGCUUUCGAUGCCCGUUUCCCUUUUACUUCUUAGUUUCAGCUCGCCGCUAGAAAAUAUUUAUAUUCAUCUUGUCUGGCCCAGGGCUAUAAGCUUAAUAGAAGCAAACUUAUCUAUGUAGAUGAGGCUAGAUUGACGGACGUUGCGCGCGCUUUUUAUUGUUAUUGAUUGGGUGAAAUGGAAUGUGAAAUGUAACUUGGCAAGGCCACGGCACCCCAUGCACAUUUAUACGUAAUGAUAGCAAGACUUGUUUUAUGAUAUCCAGCGAAUGUCUAGCCAUUUUUAGUCAAAUAUAUUCUGAAACUCGAUGCUCAAGUAUAAGUUUAGAAGUGUCUUUUUACCACAUUCAGAGGCAAAGUUGGCCACUAAUUUCUUCCCACAUUAGACUAUAUACGUAUUUAGUUUCUAAAAUUUAUGAAACGUCCUUUAAACGGUUUAUAGCUAUGAUGAAAUUCCUCUUAAUAAAGGGAUUUGGUUUCAACAAACUGUUUUCGAGGCUUUACCAAAAUUUUGACCUCGUCUUACUCCAGAUCUCAUCCUGCCCGCAUUUACAUCUUGUUGAAACGACGACCAAUUUUAGGUUUCCUUUUUUGAAAUCGUUGGUUUUUGAUCGUUUUGUUGUAAGCUUUCGCAAAAAGCAUAGUUUCUUUGAUAUCUAGUAUUUUGUACACAUUCUAUUCAAUGCGAAAGAAGAAUUAAAAGCCAGUGAAUGAAUAAGUGUGCGAUGUGAACACUAUUAAUAGCAGUCUUAUUGCUCUUUGCUUGGCAGAGAAAAUAAAGAACAUGCGAUGUUGCGUAUGAAUCGAAGACAUCAUUGAAGCUUCCGCCCUCUUUCUCUGUCGUUUAACAAUCAUUUUGUGAUUAGGAUUAACCUAAUUGGAUGAGUUUUGGGAUGAACUUUAGGCCACCUUUUCCGGGCCACAGCGGUAGAUUGAUCCACUACUGCUCACGUUUGCGAACAUUUGCGAUGAAUGUUUGUUUAUAUGACCUCGCUAAAAGAUGCAGUCUAAAGAGAAAUUCGGGACUAUGUAUCCUGUGAAGCGGUUGGUUUGCUUUCGUUGUUUUUGGAUAGCAGAUCUGUUUUCUAUCAGCAUGUUUUCGUGUAAAAGUGCUUCGGGCGAUGAUCUUGAUAGCAGGAAAACAUCCGGGACCUCGUCAGAGUAUGGCGAGGACGAUCUUGAGCAAAUACGGGUACAAGCGCUGGAACAACUUGCUGCUGCAAGGCAAAAACCAGUCGCAUUUGCCAUGCGUGCUAAUUAUGGCUACAGUGGUGCUGAAGAUGAUGACUCGCCAGUCCAUGGGAGGGCACUUUCAUUCGAGCCUAAAGACUUCCUUCAUAUAAAAGAGAAAUUCAACAAUGACUGGCUAAUUGGUAGAGUUGUUCGUGAAGGUUGUGACAUUGGCUUUAUUCCAAGUCCAAGUAAAUUAGAAAGCCUGAGGUUGUCUGGCCUAGCCGGAAGAAAACUGAGGCAAUCAAGUACAAGCAGCAAUUUACAUCUUCAAGAUGCAUUAUCUGGAAGCUCACCAAGUGAAGACAGACAAAAUUCUUUUGAUGACGAUAGUUUACCGCCAUCAUCUCCAGUUAAAACUGUCAACCAAGGGCAAACCAAUAACAAGACCAGUACGAAGAAGGGGAUAUUCAAGAAGAGUGACAGUCUCCCACCCUACGAUGUUGUGCCGUCCAUGAGACCGGUCAUCUUUGUUGGUCCAUCUCUUAAAGGAUAUGAGGUAACUGACAUGAUGCAGAAAGCCUUAUUUGAUUACUUGAAACACAGAUUCCAGGGCAGAAUUAUGAUCACUCGCGUAACCGCAGACAUAAGCGCUGCCAAAAAGUCAAUGAUUCAAAAUCUGGGAAAAAAGCCAAUCAUAAAAGAAAGGGGGACGACGCAAGCGACUCAAGAAGUGACACAAGAGAUCGAGAGAAUAUUUGAGCUUUGCAGAAACCUUCAAUUAGUCGUGCUUGAUGCCUACACGGUUAAUUAUCCAACACAAAUUGCGAAAACCUCGUUGGCACCCAUUAUUGUUUACAUCAAAAUUUCAUCUCCAAAGGUGCUUACUCGUCUUGUCAAGUCCAGAGGAAAGUCGCAGUCGAAAAAUUUAAAUAUUCAACUGGUUGCUGCCGAGAAGCUUGCACAAUGUAGCGAAGACUCGUAUGACGUCAUUCUUGAUGAGACCCAGCUUGAAGACGCGUGUGAGCAUUUGGGAGAGUUUCUCGAGGCUUACUGGCGAGCAGCCCAUCCUCCGCAGUCUAAUUUUGGCCAGGGAGGAGCUGGAACGUAUAAUGCUAAUGGACAACAGGUUGUAGUCAAUUAUAACAGUAUGGACCCAUUUAGUACCCAGUCUCCAACUCGUCACCUUCGUACGGCGCAGGUCUAGAUUUUCCAAUGAGAUUGUUAGACCUAGCUUGCUACUGGGUUUAUUUUUCUAUCAAUUGUAAUGUUCAUCAGUGCGUCGAUGCCGAAUUGACAUGUCACCAUCUUCACUCAGUUGAUUGAUGUCGCCAUUUGGCGCAAUUACCCAGGUCGAGGCCAGAUUUUAUAAAGGCCAGGUACAUCACAUAAUCCGAUUUAUUUGUGAAGUAGGUAUGUAAUUCAACAUUUAUUUGACGUGUAGACUUCUUAUAUGGAAUAAAACUCAAUGACCCGUUUUCUUAUUAGAGACACUGUUAAAGCUGUAGUUGACAUUGAUGCAGUUACUCCUAAGAAGAUAUAAGUAACAGGUUACUUAUAGAUAUUUAUAUGUCACAAGCACCAGGUAUCCUAGGCCUAGCAACAAGUGAACUUGCUAAAUAAUCUUUGAGGCAGUUUAUGUAGUUUGUCGUUGAGGAAUGUUCAUGUAAAGGCUGGGUCAGUUGCUAACGUUUUGACAACUAAUGUGCGUUGAUUUUUAUCAGGACCACGUCUACUUCGAUACGUUUUCAAAAGAUGCGUUUGCCAUUUCGGCUCAUUCUGUUUUCAAAAAAUUUCACUGUCCAAUGUUUGUGUUUAAAUCAAAUCUUUAUUGUUACCUAGAAAUGAGAGGUAAAAACAUGAAGAAAUGGCAGCGUACUUACUUGAAAACGUGUUUCUGUAAACGGUGCCUAAAGGAAACUACGCUUAUAAAGUUGACGGCCAGUGAACCAAAAUGUUUGGUUUGCUGGUAAUUUAAAUGGAGACAAACGAGGCUUGAGUCCGUGAGAAAUUUCAAUAACAGCAACAGGAGAAUUAUCCUAGCCAUUUUAGUUUUCCACGGAAUAGCACAGGAAUGACUCGCAGAACGCUGUGCGAAUUUAUGACAUGUAAAGUUGUAUUUUUCAUCAGAAUUCGGCGCAAACACAUUGAAAAACAAGAGCUUAUUAUAAGAGUGUUAAGCUACUUGAAUAUUUAAGUGUUUUUGGGAAAUAGCUUUUGUUGUCUCUAUGGAAAUGAAUUACUAUAAUGCCUGAAGGUUUUUGUGAAAUUUGCUAACCGCACUGGAGUUUGGCAGAGUAUAUCGUUAAUUGGUGUUGGAGCUAUUGUGGCGAAAAGAGCUGCCUCGCUUGGGAGUCAUCGCAGAAUUUUCCUCCAUUUCCAACUCGCCUCUUGAUUGCUAUCACCCAAACCAUUACUGCAAAGGACGAUGACGAUUUAAAUCUGUUCUGUUAUUUCUAUAUCCAAGCCUCUUCCACUAGCAAUAGCCAUUGGUUUCGCAAAUUCUUGCGUCUUUGUCCUUUAAGAACAGAUUUGUUAAUGUUAGGGAUUGGUCAUAUUUCUGAUAAGAUUUAUUUGUUAGCAACAAGUGUAAACAAAAAGUGUUCUUAAAUGAUCAAGAAGUUAUUGUUUGAGACCGUAGAAUGGUUAUCUGGAAUAUAGGACAUCACCCCCUGUUUGUUGCAACAUUGUCCCUGUUUGAUUCAUUUAUAACGCUUUAAGUUUAGCAGAAAGGCGAAGCAGCUCUGUUAUUGGGCAAUGCCGCAAUUUCUUAAGAUUUGUCAGCAGUAUGUAUAUAGUGAGGUAUCAUUGACGUAGUCUGUACCCUUGUUGCGUAGUAACACAACCAUGUCAGCACAUUUUAGAGACAGCAGCCACGCCCAUUUGUGAUGUAUCAGUUUAAUGUCCGCACAUUUUUUUGAACUUAAGUUGUUAACCAAUCUUCCAAUAUUUUCGGAAGAAGGAAAAGGAGACUUUUUCCUCUCGUAUUUAUAUUUGUUUAAUUAAUUUACCUUGUAGUUUCUAAGUUCGUGAAAGAUGAUGAUGAUAGUACUGAUGGGUCUUUUGAAGUUUUAACAUCAUAUCCAAUCUGAGGUUUUGCAACGAUUGAAGCGCCCUUGAACAGCUACUAAUUGUAAAUAACGUUUUGUAGCUGUAACCUCGAGGCCUUAGCAGCUGAAAAUUUUAAGCUGUGUUAUUACAUGUCAAAGAGUUCACGAAACUGUCCUCUGUGUCGCCAAAUUUCCCUCAGGUUAGAGAAGCUUCUUCGUCGUUGAAAUAGGCCUAAUGUGGUUUUAAUUGCCGUUAUGCAUUGAGCAAAGGUACCUUGACCAGCGCAGAUUUGCGAGCCUUAAGUGCAGUAUCAAAACUUCCCUUAAAACACCAUUUUCGAAAUGACUUUUCACAGGUUUACAUAGACAGUGACUUAUACUAAUUUCUUGUCUUUACGUCCACAUUGAGAACCAAAGACUCAAUCAACACUGCACCUUCUUGAACCAAAUUCAGUAUAUCAAUGAAUUGCAGUUAUUUCCCAUAAUGCGAUCUUACUCGACCCGAAUGUAUCACAUUUGCAGCAGAAAGGUGCCUGAAGGAUGAACUGUUUAAGGCUGUUAUUGCUCGGUUUCUUCAGGAAAACGUAACGAUCAUUGUUUGAUUUGUUGAUUUAAAGCAGCAAUAACUUUAAGUGUUAUCAAGCAGUUAUCUCGAGACUUGAUGCUGUAAAUACAUGAUUACUGUUAUAAAUAGUUAAACCAAAAA